CGGACGCGAGGCGUGAAUUCAGCGUGGGCGGGGAGGGCAGCGGGAUUUAAAGCGCGGACCUCUCGAGCGGGGCGCGGUCCUCUCGAGAGGGACGGUAUACACACUUUCAACUCGCGCGACUGACCUUUCGACCGCUGGCCGUGCAAUUUUUCGCUUUUCCUUCCCCGUCGUACGGUUCUUCCGCGCCGAGCGUAAUCGGCCCGCGCGCGGCUUAUCAGCGCUCGCUUGCUCGCGCGCGACGUGCUCCGGGGCCCUUAUCGGCGACGCGCGCGGGACGAAUCGAUGCUCCGAUUCGGAGAACGAGGAAGCGAUCGUCGUGGGAUCUCUUCACGGUCGACGGACGAAUAUCGACGACGAUCGGCGCGAGAAUACAUACAGGAUUGUCGUGGUGCUGUUUUUCAAGACCGAAGAGAAAUGGACAGGGACCAUAGAGAGCAACGCGAUCACGAUAAUCUGAGCGAGAAGGAGCUGGACUUGGGCAAAAUUGGAAUGGCUUUUCGCAGUCUCACCCAUCAUCGCGAUCGUACGCCGGAUGCCGAUGCAGAGAGAGAUAUGGAUAUCGAUCCGGCUGAUCACGCUGAGAACUUGCACGACGACAAGCUCGAGAAAUUAGGAAGAAAUUUUCACAAUAUAGGGCAUCACCCAGCUAUGAGAGAUGUAGAUAGGGAUCAAAAUAAUCACGUUGACAACAUGCACGACGACAAGAUGGACCACAAGAUGGGAAGAGAUUUUCGCAGUCUCGGUCAUCAUCCUGGAAUGGUUCACUUGCACUCUGGCAUGGAGCAUUUAAGUAAUGUCGACGUUGAGGUGAAGUUAGCGAGGGACGUUCGCGGCUCAUUAGGCUUAGGGCUGUCCUUAGAACUCUGUGUAGUUUGUGGGGAUAGAGCCAGUGGUAGGCACUACGGGGCGAUCAGCUGCGAGGGUUGCAAGGGCUUUUUUAAGCGCAGCAUCCGCAAGCAGCUGGGCUACCAGUGUCGAGGAAGCAAAAGUUGCGAAGUUACCAAACACCACAGAAAUCGUUGUCAGUAUUGUAGACUUCAGAAGUGCUUGGCGAUGGGCAUGAGAAGUGACUCUGUACAACAUGAAAGAAAACCGGUAUUGGGUGAGUCGGCUGCGACAAAAGUUGGCAGUCGUAGUCCCAGGGUAAAGCCUGAACCACAGCAAUCCGCGCCCGAGGUACCGCCGACUUGGGAGCAACCCGAGAGUCCCAGCAUGGAAGACCAAAGCAGCGAUAGCGACGCUCUCAGCGAUGCUUUGACCUUAGCUCGCGAGCGUUUAUUACUUUCUCAUGCGUUAGCAGAUAGCAUGGCUAAAAUCAUCGGUGACAAUGUUAAUGGUUCGAGCGAACCGGAGGAAGAAUGGACCGGCCAAUUAAUCUCUGAGCGAAAUACGUUGUUCGAAUUGAGGGCGCCUGGCCCAGCACCCGUGUAUUUAUCUAUUCACUACAUAUGUGAAAGUGCAGCCAGAUUACUAUUUUUGUCUGUGCAUUGGGCGCGAGGUAUUCCGGCAUUUCAAGCUUUGCCAUCUGAAAUUCAAACUACUUUAGUUCGAAGUUCCUGGGGACAGUUGUUUACAUUAGGUCUAGCACAAUGUGCACACACUCUGUCACUUCCUGGUAUUUUGACGUCGAUAAUCAAUCACUUGCAAGCUAGUAUUGCGCAAGAGAAAGUCACUGCAAACAAAGUAAAAUGCGUUACGGAACACAUAUGUAGACUGCAGGAUUGUGUGAGUUCACUGCACAAGCUGCAAGUGAACUCCGUCGAGUACGCAUAUCUUAAAGCUUUAACACUUUUUAGCGCUGAUAAUGUUCUAGCAGGCAUUUGGCGUAAGAAGGUUGAGGUUUUGCAGGAAGCUGCGUGGACGGAGCUACAACAACAUGUGGGUUCCGAUAGAUUACCUCGUCUUCUACUGAGGCUGGCGCCUCUCCGCUCGAUUAAUCCUAGAGUUCUGGAGGAUCUCUUCUUCUCGGGUCUCAUUGGUCGAGUAAGCGUGGCUAGCGUCGUGCCUUAUAUCCUUACCAUGCAAGAUUAUAAAACUGAACCGGAGAGUCACGCGGGAAAGUCCAAGAGGGCUGUUCUCGAGGAGAACGAUCAGAAGGAGAGCAAGCGCAAGCGCUCAGCACCGCCGCCGGUGGUUGUAACGCAGGUGAUCAGGCAGGACUACGAUCAUCAGCUACUGGAACCGAAGAUACCGGAAAAGAAGGUACCGGAAACCGAAGACGCCAUCAGGAGAAAGACAAUGGAGCAUCUGCUCAACAGCCGGUUGUCGCCGAAAGUCACGCCGAUCACGAACGACUACGAGAUCAGCAAUCACGUCCUGGGCCUCGGGAUCAACGGGAAGGUCGUGCAGUGCUACGACAGGAACACGAGGCAGAAAUAUGCUCUUAAGGUUCUGCAUGACUGUGCAAAAGCGCGGAGAGAAGUCGAGCUUCACUGGAGGGCCUCAAAUUGUAGGCACAUAGUCCAAGUCAAGGAUGUAUAUGAAAAUUCCUAUAGCGGGAACAAAUGUCUACUGGUGGUCAUGGAAUGCAUGGAAGGCGGGGAGCUGUUUCAAAGGAUACAGGAUAGGCAAGACGGCGCUUUUACCGAAAGAGAGGCGGCGCAAGUGAUGUAUGAGAUCUGUGUCGCGGUGAAGCAUCUACACGACAUGAACAUCACUCACAGGGAUCUAAAGCCUGAGAAUCUUUUAUAUUCCAAACCUGACAUCACUGGAAUCCUGAAACUCACCGACUUUGGAUUUGCUAAAGAAACACAUUUAAAAGACACACUACAGACGCCAUGUUACACACCUUACUACGUCGCCCCGGAAGUUUUAGGACCAGAAAAAUAUGACAAGAGCUGUGAUAUUUGGUCAUUGGGAGUAAUUAUGUACAUAUUAUUGUGCGGCUUUCCACCAUUCUACAGCAACCAUGGAUUGGCAAUCUCGCCUGGAAUGAAAAAGAGGAUCCGAUUAGGACAAUACGACUUUCCCUCUCCGGAAUGGUCGAACGUGAGUCAGGAAGCUAAGAACCUUAUCAAGGGUAUGCUGUGUAUAGAUCCAGCGGAAAGGCUUCAGAUCGACGCUGUGAUGCGCAACAACUGGAUUGCCAAAUAUAUGGAAGUACCCGCCACUCCCUUACACACCGGACGCGUUUUGCGGGAGGGAGAGGAAAUGUGGCCGGAAGUGCAAGAGGAAAUGACGCGAUCGCUGGCAACAAUGCGCGUCGACUAUGACACGGCCUGUCUGAAGCAGCUCGAUCACACGAACAAUCCCUUAUUGAAUAAACGAAGGCGCGCGAAACAGUCCGCGAACAACGCGACAGUCCCUACGCCCGCCAGCCCUACGCCCGCCUCCUAGGAAGAGGAUACUGUCAGAACCAGACGGAACUGGACUUGUUUUCUGCGGAGGUGCGUCAGAUACAGCGUGGUCACAACGAGGAUCGUUUUCUGACUGUUGCAUUUUAAGAAGCGAAAGAAAUUCCGAAGUAGAGUAGUAUCGAAGGGCACCUAAAUCACGUAAUGCGUCGCACGAUUUGCGCUUAUCGGCGUCCGAGUAAUUAGGUGUGAGGUCAAUUUUACUAGAGCGGUAAUAAUAACACGCGCAACGAGGACAAUAUUGCCCCAGCGAAUGCAAGUAAGCGAUGCCUUUUUAACUAUCGAACGAUAUCAGUCUUUCUGAAAUUGUAAAUUUUAAAAAUAUGUAGGCUACAUUAAAUUACAAAAUUGAGCAACCACUUGUAAAACGUGGAAGGGCAAACAUUAUUAAUGCCAAGCAUUAAUGUUACAUGUUUGUCGUUAGUUCAAUUUCUGUCAAAUGUAGUAAUUGUCAUUGUUCGAAUAUAAUGGCCUUUAUAUAGAGGCACUAAAUAGAAAUAGUCAAUGAACAAACGAUACUGCUGAAUGUGUCUUUGAUCAAACGUAAUGGAUCGUACUGGAAUAUUUAAUAUUGAUAUUUGAAAUAUCUGCAUCUAUAUGAUAACGAGAGUUAAGAAAAAGAGAAAGUUUCUCAGUAAAACCUCAUUGCUAUUAUAUUCAUUGACAGGAACGAAUAUAAAGCUAUAUACUUGUUAUCUCGAAAAAGGGUCGAGAGAUAUGUAUAUCAAAAAUCCGUUAUCUUCAACAACUGAGAGUCGAUUUUAGGGCUGAUAAAUAGUAACUGGCUUUUACUGUCUUAUGUUAUUGAUUCAAAAACAUAAAAAAACUAUUAUAAUAUCAUCGAGCCAGUAAUCGUUCUUAUAUUCUGUACACAUACAUAUAUUCUAACAUAGGCGCCGAGAAAAAAAUUUUUUUGCUUAUUAUAUAUAAUCAAAACAACAUGGGAUUAUUAUAUAUAAUCUCCAAACACAAAUAUAAUAAUGAUGUAAAGAUUAUUAUUUAUCCGUAGGCUAUUAAGACUAGCUAUAGGAAUAGUUGCUCAUACACUUAUCAUUUCUAAAAAAAAAUAAUUUGCUGCCAUUGGGUAAUCAGGUGUGCAUCAUAUUUACGUGUAUCAUCGAAUUUAUAACACAUUACGACAUUCACGUAAUUGUCCGUUGACCGUCCAAGCCUGUUUUAAAUAUAUGUAUUAAAUUUUCAUAAUUAUUACCUCGAUUCAAUAAGAUUUUUUAUCCUAUUUUUACUGAUGUAAUUAAUUAUAUAAUUUAGACAUUGGAUUAUUUGUAUUCUAAUAUCAAUUAUAUCUCUAAUAUUUUCAGUAUAUAUCUUUAAUUAUGUUUACGUAUAUUUGCACUCUGUUUUUAAGAUUUACAAGUAAUUACAACGAUAUGCUUGAGGCUGAGUACAGUUAAAUGAUUUGAAUCUUUUUAUUUAAGUCACGAAUGCUAUGAAGCUGAUUUUAGUCGGAAGCGAUCGAGUGUUACGAAUUAAGAUAAGUAUGGACGAUGUCCCUACAUCGUUAAAAAUACAAAAAAUAGUAGAUGGAUGGAAACUGUAUAUAUUUCUACUUAAUUAUUCGAGAAUAUUGUGUCUAUGAUUGCGUAGAUGUGUCGUUAAAGAUUCAUAGAAAUGAAAUAAAAUAUUAGUCUAUGUAUUUUCAGUAUCAUAGUUAUAUAGCGCGAUAUUCUAUGAUAUGAUCAAUGGCUGGUAAAUCCGAAAAAAAGAGGAGUUCCAUGUGCCUAUAAUUUCAAUCGAACAAGAUCAUAUUACAAAUACAUUCUAGAAUAGUAGGAAAAGUAUCACUAAAAUAUAUAAUAUAAAAUAUCGCAAAAGAAGUAUAUAGUUACUUAACAUUUUAAAAGACAGUCAUUUUCUGCGCGCAUCUAAAAUGAUUAGCCUAUAGACGUGAGAGAUAUAUUCGUACAGAAUUUAUAUAAGAAAAAUAAUUAUUCAAAAAUUCCAGAGAUUGAAAUAUAUUGUGUAUGGAUAACAUAGUUUUUAAUUAUAUAGAGCAUACACAGUUCCUCGUGUUCUACAUUGAUCAAUUAACUCGCCCUAAUCGUGAAUAAUGAAAUAGAAAAUGCAUAUACGCUAGUUCAAUUUCAAACAUUACAACGAAUUCAGUAGCAAGAUAUUUUUAUAACAAGUCAAGGUUCGCGUUGAUCUGUAUUUACAAAAAUUGACAAUAACUGCAAAAAUAAAUCUUAACUCUCAUACCAUUGCUACUUCGUCACUUACGCAAUUACAAUUCUCUGUAUCACAGCGGUAAAAUCAUGUAUUUUUAACACGUGACGGCGCUGUAAAUUUCCAUAGACUGUAACAUAGAAAUAUGUAAUGAUGUUAAAAGUAAAAAAAUUACAGAAGCUAUUUUAUAUCUAUA